AUCUGAAAAAUGAGAACAAAGUGAUUGUUCCUGUUCUCUUUCUUAAGUCACUUCAAAUGCUGUUUGAGAGGCUGGAGGCUCAUUGUGAGGAGCGCAGAGCAGGAGACAGGCGUGUGAUGGACAGUUUUCACGCUCAACAUCCGGAGAACGCGUAGAAAACCUUCAUCAUGGACUCAAAGGCGAGCGAAAGCAAGCGCUCCGAGGAUUUUCCCUGCAGAAGCGUUGAUCUUUCUCUUCUCCCGUAUCCCGUUCCUCGUCCCGUCGUUCCUCAACCUCACAGGUUCAUCCCGGAGAUGAUCGACCUCAACCGGCUCCGACUUCACCGCGUCGUUCACGUGAAGCAAGAGCUUCCGGUGUGGCCUCCAUCUCCACUCCUCAUCCGAUCUCCCAAUCCUUACUUUCCUCCUUUCCAUCCGAGCCUCGUGCCGUUCCCGUUCCUCCUUCCCAACUCAGCGAAUCCCUUCUACCCGAGGUUUCGCCACAGAAACCCGGACGCCUCCACGGAAAAGCUAAACGUCAACGUGGACGAAAGCUAUUAUGUAAACGUUGGCGAUCAGAAGCGCUGGAAGUGUCGGAUGUGCGAGAAGUCGUACACCUCGAAAUACAACCUGAUCACACACAUCCUCGGACACAGCGGGAUCAAACCUCACGGAUGCGACCUCUGCGGGAAGCUCUUCAAGCAACUGAGCCACCUUCACACACACAUGCUCACACACCAGGGCGCGCGCCCACACAAGUGCCAAGUGUGUCAGAAAGCCUUCACUCAGACCAGUCACUUGAAGAGACACAUGAUGCAACACAGCGAGGUCAAACCCUUCAGCUGUGGAGUGUGUGGGCGAGGGUUCGCGUAUCCCAGCGAGCUGCGCACACACACACUCAAGCACGAGAGAGGGCAGGAGAACGUGUGUGUGGAGUGUGGCCUGGACUUCCCCACGCUCGCGCAGCUCAAGCGACACCUGACGACGCACCGAGGGCCCGUGACGUACGACUGCGGAGAGUGUGGGAAGAGCUUCCAGUAUCCCAGUCAACUCCAGAACCACAUGAUGAAGCACAAGGACAUCCGGCCCUUCAUCUGUGGAGAGUGUGGGAUGGAGUUCGUGCAGUCGCAUCAUCUCAAACAACACACACUCACACACAAGGGAGUGAAGGAGCACAAGUGUCGUAUCUGCGGCCGUGAGUUUACGCUGCUGGCCAACAUGAAGCGCCAUGUUCUGAUCCACACCAACAUCCGGGCGUAUCAGUGUCACCUGUGUUACAAGAGCUUCGUCCAGAAGCAGACGCUCAAGGCCCACAUGAUCGUCCACUCCGACAUCAAGCCCUACAAGUGCAAGCUGUGUGGAAAGGAGUUUAACAGAAUGCAUAAUCUGAUGGGCCACAUGCACUUGCAUUCUGACAGCAAACCCUUCAAAUGUCUUUACUGCGCCAGCAAGUUCACGCUGAAGGGAAACCUGACCCGCCACAUGAAGGUCAAGCACGGGGUCAUGGACCGGGGACUGGACGCUCGGGUGUUCAGGCGCCGGGGUCGUCUGUGUCUCUCCGGGCCGCUCCGGAUCCUGUCCCGCAUCACUCAGGACGAGCCCUUCGAUCUGUCCCGGAAGAACCCGGAUCCGAACCAGAACCCGAUGAGCCUGUCUCCGUCUGACGGCGGGAGCUCCAGUCGGGACGAGGACGAGGACAGUGUGUACAGUCCUGAUCUCUACGACAAGAAGAAGACACAACACACACACUUCUACAGCAUUAAAGAGGACGAUUUCUGAGACAAACACUGCAAAAAUGCGUUUCUUACUCAGUAGUUUAGUCUUGU